UAACACCGUUCAUAAGUCUAUAAACUAUCUCCACACGCAAUUAAUAAAAGAUAUUAUUACCAUUAUAGACUUUUGCAUAAUUUCAACAAUGGCCAAGCUCGCCGUUACCGUCACCGUUCUCUUAUUCACGUUGGCUCUCUCCGUCGUUGCCUCCAAGCCCGAAAAUGAAAUCAUCGCCGAUAGCCAUAACACUUUAUCUGCCGACUCCGACCCGUUUACUACAAACCCAACCCUUCACGAAUCCGGAUCACCAGGACCCGAAUUAACAUCUUCCGAUGAGAUCACUGUACCGGUCAAUUUAAUGAAUUUCCAUCCGAUCAAUCGUCACUUCCCUAGACGUCCCUUGACUUUCAACCGCCGUCCGUGCCACCACCGUCGACACGGGAUGUUUGGACGAGGCCUCCAGAUCCCUUACGGCAACGACAUGAUCAUCUCCGGUGAAGAAGAAAAGACGACAGGUCCAGAUCCUUCGUUAGACAGCAUAGUCGUGGAUAUUCCGGCGAUCAAGAUGUUUGUCGGUCCCAUCGCGGUGGAGGAGACAAAGCACCAUCUCGAGGAGGAGGAGGAGGAUGGCUCCAGCAUGAAGAUUACUGUGACUUUGAUGAAGCGCAAAGAAGAAGGAGAAGGUGAAAGAGAGAGUGUGUUCAGGACAAAGAUUCGCAAGUUUCUAAACCAUUUGGUCUGAACAAGAAGAAGACUCUAGUUUGUCCUUUAAAUCUAGUAAAGAUACAAUAAAGUAAAGCCCCUCUUAUAUACGGGCUAUGUCUUUUUUCUCUGACAGCUUCCAUAUGAGAUGAAGCUGAUUUUGUAGUAUAAUAUGUGAUUCUGUAAAAGCUUAAUCCUAUAGUUCAAUUAAAUUAAAUUGAUUGCA